AUGAAGGCUUCUUCACCUGCAAAACUACCACAUACUCUGAACUCCUCAACGGCAGACGCACCUCGACUCGAGCAAACACCCAUAAGAGAUGUGAACACACCGCCUGUUGCCGCGCCUAGUGUUACUUCUACUCCCACCAUCAAGAAAACAAGGAAAGCGGUCAAGCAGGCUCCAAAAUGUCGCAAGAAAGAGGAAAACCCCGCUUCCGUCACCGCAGAACCGUCGCACAAGUUGAAAACUCUUCGCACUCCUCUUCCUCUACUACUACCCAAUGAUGCGAACGUACCCAAGACCGAUUUAGCCACACCCCUCAAGCGGGUCAAUCGCUCUGUAGCCCCGGGUCUUGACCCAGAUGCUGGACCACGUAAACUUAUUCGAGACGUACCGCUACAUCCACUGGACCUACCUGUUCCGGACGCAAACGAAGCGAAAAGCAAGAAGCGCAAACGGGAAACACCCAAAUUGGACAAAGCUUUAGAUCCAGCCUCUACAAGUCACCGCGUCCGGCGCAAAUGUUACGGAAAAACGGAGGUUGUGACGUUGGGUGGGUGGGUAGCGUUCAGGAGGGUAGAGGUGGAGGCGGAGGGCAAGGAUGGUGGAGCAAACGGUUCUCGCGGUGACGCAGACUCCAUUCGUCUCGCGGUAUAG